AUGUCCAAGUACAUGACAAAGCACUGCCGGAGCCCCAUUGUCUCAACGCUACGCGACAGCUGCAUCAUUCCGCACCACCUGGGCGAGACACCCGGUGCUCACCCCAAAACCAAAAACUUUGAGCAAUUAUUCUUCCAGGCCCUCGUGUACCCUGCGACAGGUACUUGCAUGAGGCACUGCGCCGACGAGAUGGAGAACUACAGCGGCAACCCCGACAUACCCUUCACGCUGUCGCGCUGGCAGACCUAUGGCUCACAGGUUGUCGAGGGUUUAUGUGCCCUUCACCGUAUCGGCGUGGUGCACGGCGAUGUUCAUCUCGGAAAUGUCACCGUCGCACCGCCCAGCGACAACCACCUGACGUGCCUCCUCGCCCGGCUCCCGCUUGAGCGCGAGAUCCGCACCAUCACCAAACACCUUCCGCCCCCGUGGAUGCCGCGCCGCUCCACUGAGCCCGAAGACAUUGGUUUUACGCCUAGCAGCCUGCGACUCAUCGACUUUGGCUUCUCUUUUCUCCCCAAGCCCAACACCUUCUACAAGGCUGACAAGUUUCCAAAGGGCACGCCGCCGCCGCCAGAGCUUCUCGCCGGGCAGAGAAUGGCGGACCAGCCGUUCAAGAUGGACAGCUGGUUCCUCUACCAUGUGAUGUACGCUAUCCUAACGGAUGGGCCGCACUUUGUCCCGAGGGGCGGCAAUGACGAAGGUCUACUGAACGAGUAUAGCCUGGCCAUUGAGGCGCUGUGCUAA